AUGUCUCUCAGGAAAAAGGCGUGUAUAGCUUGCGUCACUUCAAAGCGACGAUGCGAUCAGUUGCUACCAGCAUGUAGUCGCUGCACCAAACAGCAUCGAGCUUGUCAAUACCCGUUACUGCCUGUGGCUUCUGUGCCAUAUAGUCAUGCGGGACCUGCCCUGCCGUAUGACGACACACCAAUCUCCGAUUCCAUUAUCGACAAUUUUACGUGGGAUAAUUCUUGGGACAUACUAGGUCCUGAAUCGAACCUUACACUGAUACCAGGCGCAACACUUCGUCAGAUUUCGCCGCUGGGCAUUGGAGGCCUAGAGUCGUUUGUGGAAACCGGUGCUCAUGAUAGUACCCAAUUCGAACAGUUCCGGCCUGCCAUCAACGAGGAUUUCAGACCCAGAUCAACAUCCAUUCUAGACCAGUAUCGGCCAGCAGUAUCGAGUCGCCAUGUCACGACCACAUUAGACAACUUUCGCCAAUUUCUUAGUCGACCCACUGACAUACAGUGGACAUUCUGCGCUAGCAUAAUGGUCUCCUACAUUGGCACAUUUGCAAAGACUGCAUCCACCGACUUCAUCGCGCCCUACAAGCUACAGUCCCCUCUGGCUGCUGCAUUGGGAGUAUGUGCUGCUCACGAGACGCUUACUGGGCCAGGUCGCCUAGUUCUCAGUAAGCUUAUUGAGGCUGGGAUUGACAAUCUGAUUUGUUAUGUUCCACGAGAAACCGCACUAUCAGCAACUAAUGUACCAACAUUGUGUGAUCUCGACAAUUGUCUUACUCUGGAAGAUGAUUUGCGGUUCUUCAGGAGAGAACUUGCUCGAGUGCAAGCUAUGACGCUGUAUCAUAUCAUUGCCUGUUUUGGCGGUGAUGCCAAGCAGAAAAGUCAAGCCGCGCAACAUGAGCCACUGCUAGCAGCUUGGAAGAUCUCGCUGCAGGAGCAGAUGCACAAACUCUACCGUAAAAUGGACUGGAAUAUACAGAAUCUCUCGAUCUCGGAUUUCUCAGCACUUCCAAGACCUGAGGUCAGCGCUUGGGAACGCACGAACGGGCAAGCGAGCCAGCCUCGGUAUUGCAGCGUUGAUUCCGCGCCAAUCCGAGACGAUGAGCUUGAAAGCGCGCAUCGUACUAUUCUAAUUUCUUACUUCGUGCGAGCUACCUAUGCGGUAGUUACAUAUGGGGUUUGUCCAUUAGUAUCAGAGCUUGAGUCUCUAAUGGUAUCUGCUCCAGCGAGCUUGAGAAGACGAAAUUACCUUGGAAUCCAAGAGAGGUACCUUUCCCAAGCCUCGUCACUUUGGCCUCCCCAGCGGUGUGAUAAUCCAAUGCUCUCAUAUAAAGAGCUCCUCAAUCUAUGGGAGCAAGGUUACAUGUCCUCUUCAGACUUAGAAGAUGGGUUUACUCGGCUGCUGCUAGUCGCAUGUAAAGGUAUUAGCGUUCUGUCUCUCAAUACGUAA